AGAAGAAAUAUUGUUAGAUAGUCAUACUUACCCAUGCUACUCAAUACUGUGUCCCCUUGUGAGCAGGGAAAGAAAAUGUUUCCUUCCUAUACUUGGGAGUUGGAAAACAUGGAGUGAAUCCCGCCAGGCAAAAAAAUGCAUUGACCCUGUGGUUCAUUUCCUGGGCAAAUGGUACUUUAUACAAAUACUGUACUGGCAAAAACUGGUCCAGUUUACUCUCUCAACAUGCUUUCCUGCUUUGACCUGGAAAAGAAUUCUAGAACUGGCAGAAUAUUCUGCUGCUCCUUCCAGUUUUGUCUUUGAUGCCUUUGAAAAUUGCAAGAUAAACUUGAGCUGUUACUGUUUGUGGAGGUUGAUGUGAGCAGGCAAAUGAUCUAACACAUUUAUCUUUGCCUUGUUUUUGUAAGGAAGUAAGACUUUCAUGCUAACAUCUUGUGUUUGGUGGUAUUUCCCUAAAAACUUGAGGUUUUUAACUAAUUUUGAAAUGAGACUAUUUUUGAGAAGGUGAAAAUUUUAGAAGGCAUAAUAAUUGUAAGAAUUUCAUGUAGAGACAGAUAAUAGUAACUGAAGUGCAGUAAUUAUUGUCCUUAAGCAGGAGAUGCUCCCUGGUUUAAACAUUUAGACAGAGAAAGAAGGUUUUAUAUACAUGUCCCAAAAGCAGAAGGGAUAUUAUAACUGACUGUAUCAGAUGCUACAUAUGGAAGAAUCCCACAAGAGAGAAGUGAUAGACAAGAAGUUUUUUGUUAGUUUAGCUAUUUAACAAACUACUUUGUGAAGAGAAAAUAAUUUCAAAGUUUCAAUUCUGAUAACAUUAGAUAUUAAGAUACAGUAUUUUAUCUGUGUGCAUGGGGAAUGUUUUAAAUUUCGAUAAUCUAAAUAACUUAUAAGUUAUGUAUUUGUGCUUUUAAAAAUAUUUUUUUUAAAAGGGUUUAUUAACUCUUCACAAGUAAUUUCAUAUUUUUGCAAGUAAGCAUUUAAGGGUUUUUAAUGCUUUUUACAUGGGAGACUGCUGUUUGAUAUGGAUCUUUUUGCAGAAAUAAGGCAUGCUUUGGGUCACUUUCUCUAUCCAGUUGCUUUUCUCUUGCAGCCAGAUGAGUUAACCAGCUUGCUUGUUGUGAUGCUUUAUGACCUACAAGACCGAAAGUUUACAAAACGAAAGAUUUUUGCUGAAGAGGAAAUUGUAGCAGAAGUUCAGGAAAUAGGGAAUUAUUUAUACAGUUUUAGGACCAAACUGGCAGCUGCACUAGCACGAUGUCGCAUCAAAUAUGAUGCUCUUUCAAUUGACUACUUUGUACCAGAAACCAUAUGGAAGCAGGAACAAAGAGCUUCUACUUUACCUCUCUGGUUUUGGAUAAACACACUUAAAAUCAGCCUUGAAGAUGUUAUCAGAGAUUUGGAGAUGAAGGGAUUCACAAAAGUUGAAUCUGUGUCAGACUUUGACCAUUACACGUAUGCUGUGGACCAGCAUUGCCAGGAUGUAUUGGUUUUUCCUUCCUCUCUUAGAGAAGAACUGCUUAAUUUAGAUCUUUUUGCAGAUUGCAAACUCUUACUGCAGGAUAAGUCUCGCAGCCUUGCUGUACACUCUGCACAGGUGCUGUUGAGUGAAGGUGGUGACAUUAUAAUGGCUCACAUAGGUUCCUAUCUGACCAUUGCCCAUAUGUCAGUGCUGACAAAUCAAAGCAGAUCCAAAAUUUUUGCUUGUGGUGUGAAAUCUUUGGCAAAAGAAGAAGAGCUGAGGAGCAGUUUCAGUCACAUGGGAUGUGAAAAUAUUCAGUUGUUACAUGAAGACUUUACUGAGCUUGAACCAACAGACCCAAGAUUUGAUAAGACAAAAGUUAUUUUGCUGCUACCACAAUGCUCUGGACUGGGUGCUGGCAAUCCAAUGGAGUUUAUUUUAAGUGAGCACAGAGAUGCAGGAUUGCUACAAGACCUUUUCCAGGGAUUUGUGUCUGAGGAUAAACUCAGUAUUCUUGCCGAGAGGCAGCUUAAUGAGUUGAUUCAUGCACUGAAAUUUAAAAAAGUACAAGCUAUUGUUUACUGCACUUGUUCAAUUUACCCAGAAGAAAAUGAACUUGUAGUGCAAAAAGCACUGGAAUCUGAAGUGGAGGGAGUACGACGAUAUAGGCUUAUUCCUUCUGUUUUUUCUACUUGCUCCAAUUCAGAGUCUUCCACUGAAAUGUUUUUCAAAACAGAGCCAUCAGAAAUUUCCAGUGGCUGUUUCCUAGCUGUUCUAGAGAGAGAGAAAGAUACUUCUAAAAAGUCUGCUAAAGACAUGUUGGAUUCUGCUGCAGCAGAGAAUCUACUAGAUGGCAUCAGUGAAGAAAAACCAAAAGAAGAGGUGAAAAAGCAGAAAGUAAAACGUAAAAGUAAGGUUACUGAUAGUAAGCCAAAAGCUGCAAAGCUCCUUCGCCAGACUGGAGCUAUUGUUAAGGCUGAAGUUCCUGUGUCUAAAGCAGCCAGUAAGAUACAAGAACAGCAUGAGUGGCACACAAAAGCAGCCAGUGACAUACAAGAAAAGCGCGUGUCCCGAAAAAAAGCAGCCAGUAACACACCACAGAAGAUUGUGCAGAAGAAAAAAGCAGCCAGUAAUGCACCACAGAAGACUGUGCAGAAGAAAAAAGCAGCCAGUAACACAACUCAGAAGACUGUGAACCAAAAAAAAGCAGCCAGUAACUCACCACAAAAGAAAGCGCCCCGAACAAAAGCAGCCAGUAACAUACAACAAAAGAAUGCACUGAACAAAAGUAGUCAGUAAAAUGCUGCAGAGGAAUGUGCACCGGAAAAAAGUAUCCAGUAACAUACAACAAAAGAACGUGCACCCGAACAAAAGUAAGCAGUAACAUAUCCACAUCUAAAGCAGUCAGUAACACACAGCAAAAGAAUGUGCCCCCAACAGUCAGAAGAAAUCUGUGAACCCUGAUUCACACAGAGCCCCACUGAAAGUGCCGAAGCCCACAUCUCACCUGUCACCUCUGGGCAAGGUGUAUGAGAGACACACACCUGCUCAAAAGGCACGUGAAGAACAGAUUGUAUGUUUGUACUGAAGCCCCAGACAAUCACUUUGCCUCCACUAAUGAAUGACACCAUAUGAAAGGCUGUAAUUAAACAAGCCCAGGGUAUCAAUUUAACAUUGCUUUCAUGGCCAGAUUGGAGCACAGGGUCCAAGUGGUUGGAUAUUUCCACCACCCUGGUCAAAAAUGGUCAAGCAAACUUGGCUGUAUGAACCUUCAGACUCUGCGCUGCCUUUGUCAAGAAGGUAAAGAUUCCUGUAUAUUAAUCAGUACUCUUGCAUUACAGUAUAUCUUUAUGGAAGGUUAAUCUGGCCUUGGGAAAGACAUAUUAUGGGCUAUUUAUGUAGAAAUAUCUAUGUUAGAUAGUAACUUUUAAUCCAGUAAUCACACUUUAAAGUGAAUGGAGCUCAGCUGCCUAAGGCUGAUAGACUGUUGGGGGAAGCGAGAUCAAAAACUGAUAGCCUCUUGCUUUAAAGUGACAAUUAAAUCAUACAUGCAACUCCCCACUGUGAUCUAAACCUGUACAAGUAAUCAGUUUCAAAUUGAUGUCUCAAAGUGAGACUGAAUUUUUUAAAGGGGAUUUUCUUUACCAUUUUUGUGAGUUUUCGCUUAAGACUGAUGCAUGGAAAAUAAGCCUUGUAUUUUAAAACUAGAUGUGAAGUUUUGUACAGGAAACUGGCCAAGUACAUUAAAGCCUAUGCAUAGGCUUUCUAGUACAUGUUCUCUUGGUUUCUUCUUAAAUGUGCAUUGAAAUACUAAUAGUGAAAUUUAGACCAAAUAUUCUCAUGCUAAAAACCCUGCAUUGUCAUCAUAAUGUCACAUCAGACUAUGUCAUGGUUUAUAACUGCUUUUCAUCAAUUUCUUAACAUAAAGAAAAACAGUUCUCCGUUGAAAAGAGCUGCUAUUGUCAAAGUAACAUUUUUAUAAAUGUUACCACUAGUCAGCUGAAUAAUAACUGGACAGAGUAGCUGCCUGUCUUUGGAAACAGCCAUGGGCUUCUAAGCUGCUCCCAUUUGCUAGCAAAGAUAAAUUAACUGUAAAAUAUCUACAAUUGUCUUGUAGUUUGAGUAGAGAAUAAGGAGAGGCACAGAGAUACUUUUAACAAUAAAUCUGAUUUGUAUUUAGAAUUUGUAAAAAUGAAAUAGAGACAGCACAGCAAUACAGAAAGGCAAAGAGCAGAAAUUUUCCUCUAGGGAACCAUUUCAGAUACUUGGCAAGAGUGUUGCCAGGAUUAUCACCAAUAUAGUGUGGAACUUAAUCAAUUUGACCUACAGGUCUGGACCCACCCAGAGAAAAUGUUGUAACAUCUCUAUUUUGUCUUCACCCACACCAGUCAGUGUCACUGGGUCAGCAGGACCUUUUUAAGAAAAGAUAUGAAUGAUAUUACAUCAGCAGUGCAGACAGCUGGCUCUUGUUCAUCUGAUAAAUAUCUUUGCUUCACUGAAAAUGAAAUUUUCAGUGAAAAUUUCUUUUAGCAUUUUAAUCUGAGUCAGGUGUCCUGUACCAAGUCAUCACUCACCUUCUGUGUAUCCCUGUGAGCAAUCCACUCUCCUUACCUGUUCAGUAACACAGUGAACUCUACUCUUAUUUCUGAACAAACUGAACAGAUUUAGACCCAUCCACAUCACAUGUAGAACAAGAAAAAAAGAAAUUCUUAUUUUAUUUCAAAACCAUCCAGGAGGAGAGAUUCUACAUGUUGGAUAGAAGGAAUGGACACUAUGGAGGUAUAUUUUUUCCAGUAUGGUUGUUAAAUGCUUAAAAUAAACUUAAGAGAUUCUGCAGUUAAAGAAUGUUUUUGGGUUUUUUUUUAAAAUCAAGAUCUGUAUCAUUCAUUAAUAAAGUUAAAAUUACUUGUAAAACAACAUACCUGUGUCUAAUAAUAGAAUUUCUGGGCUACUUACGUAAUAUGUGCCAUGAUGUCCCACACUUGGCCUCAUCUUGCUUUCAGGAAUUUGCACUUUUGACACAGUAUGGAGGUUAAACCAGUUCAAAUCUUGAUGUCUUACCAGGAAUAUCAGAGAGUCAAUAUUUCGACUGUAGGUCAGCAGCUUACUUUGUAAGCAUGGAACAUCACAUGGUGGCAACAUCUGGGAGUGACUUCAGAUGGCUUGCAGGUAGAUGCUUAUAACACUCAAUGACUUUUUACAGUAAAACUGUAUCUUAUGUAAUUAUUUUUCUGUAGUCCAGUUGUCUAUUUGUAAUUUUCAACUAGAAACUGUUGAUUCAGCUUUCCAGAUACAAAACUCUUCACAGUACUGCUAUUUUCUCUAAAUCACCAGUAUGUUUUUCCCUUCCCUCAACCACCAUUUUGAAGAAAAUAAUUUUGCAGUUUCAUGGAGUAGUAACAGUUGAGACAAUCACUUUAUGCAGCUAAAUUUAUUCUCAGAACAGAUUACAUUUAAAUGUGGAGAAGUGGUCAACAGCAGGGAAAAUUGUCCUUUUUGUUGUCAGUCAUGUACUUUUAUGUAAGACUGGGCUCUGCUAAUAAACAGUGGUGUGUUUCCUUCCUUCUUUCUUACUGCUGUUAAAUCAAACCUGAUUUAACCUGAUUAAACCUGUCCCAUUGGCUGAUGGGACAGCACAUAUUGUGGCAAUGUGCUAAUUAACGUGCCCAAGAAAAGUUUAAUGCAUUCAGGGGUAAUGCUGAGCCCAUACUGGCUCUUGAAAGAAGAAUGUUUUUUUUCCAUGUGUGCAUGUACUAACACUUUUAGAUUCCAUGGUAAAUGAUCCAUGAAAUGCUUGAUAAAAUUAAACCCUUAGUGACAGAGAACUGGUGGGAGCUGUUAGAUACUCCACAGUUUUUGUUCCUCUGCCACUAAAGGGCAUGAUAUUUCUGUUAGGUACAGGUGAUUCUGCACAGGAAGUGUAUCACUAAACCUCACUGUACUGUGAACAGAUUCUAUGCUCUUCCUAUGCUAUUUUUGUUAUUCCCAGUUAACCACCCUGUAGGUGGCCUCCAUAGCCUUGCAUCUCUCACACCUCCUUGCUCCCCUGUAAAUUGAACGAUAAGUGGGUUAAAUAAAACCUACAGCCAGCAUUACAGAUUUCAAAAGAAAGGCUUUUAUCUAUUAGUCAUUGACUGUGAAUAUAAAUCUCCUUGCUUCUGCAAGGAGUGUGUUAAUGACAUGACUGACUGACAUGUGAUACCUCUAACUAACCACUUGCAUUGAAAAACAAUGAAGAAGUUAGCUUUGCUUUACAUGAUUCUUCUACAGACUUCAAUAAAAAUGUGACUACAAAUAAUUACAAAGCCUGUCUUUUUUGAGGCAACCUAUAGGAUACAGAGUGGAGAAUGUUACAAGAGCACAUCCAGUAAAGACAA